CGCUCACGUUUCCCAUUUCUCUACUACGUGACGUGCUCUUGGCUUCUCGGCCUGGCCUGGCUUCUUGCUCGCUCGAGAUGAUCACCAUCGACGAUCUGAUGAGCUGCGGUGGUGGGGCUCCGGUGGUUCCUGGCGGCGACGAUCAGGCGUCGACGACGCCGCGGCGGCGGCAGAUGAUGGUGGCGGUGGGGGACCACCAGCUGACGGUGUCCAGGAUCCGGACGGCGGUGUCCAUGCUCGGCCGCCGCACGGGCCACGCGCGCUUCCGCCGCGGCCCCGCCGCCGUCGUGGUGGAGAACCCGUCGUCGUUGCCGGACCGACAGCAGCCAUCGGGGAGCGCGGCGGCGCCUGGCGUGCCGCUCGACCUGGUGGACUUCGUCAAGGGGCGCGGGCGCGACGAGGCGGCGUUCAGCGCGUCGGCCUCGGGGGACAGCUCGUCGCUCCCCUCGACGACGCUGACGAGCCUCACCGCCGGUGAAGGGAGCGUGUCCAACGGCCGCUUCCCUCCUGUGAGCGGCCACGCUGCCGGCACGCCGGCGGUGUCGAUGCUGCAGCAGCAUGCUGCCUCCGAUUACUACUACACCCCUGGCGCCGCGCCGAGAAGCAAGUGCGCCGACCGCGCGCGCUCCGAGAACGACGCCGGCGGCGGCAAGGCGCACGCUGGGCGCUGCCACUGCUCCAAGAAACGGAAGUCGCGCGUGAGGCGGGUGGUCCGCGUGCCGGCGAUCAGCUCCCGGAACGCCGACAUCCCGCCGGACGACUACUCGUGGCGCAAGUACGGCCAGAAGCCCAUCAAGGGCUCGCCGUACCCGCGCGGGUACUACAAGUGCAGCACGGUGCGGGGGUGCCCGGCGCGAAAGCACGUGGAACGCGACCCCGGCGAGCCCGCGAUGCUCAUCGUCACCUACGAGGGCGACCACCGCCACGACUGCCAGCAGGACCGGGGGGAUGCCGAUGCCGCCGCGGCACCGCCGGAGCACAUGUCGACGAACAAGUGAACGAAGAAGUUCAUUCGAAGUCUCCCCGGCCUUGCCCAGUAGAAAUUUCUUGGAGUAGUCUCUGUAGUUUCUUCUUCCUCCGGUUUAGACUCUGAACCGGUUCAGCGGUGUCACGUCACCGUCGCUUGUAGCAGGGGAACGAAAAGACAUAUAUGACACGGUGUUUGAAAUUUUGACCA